ACAUACUGUAAGUAACCAAGUGCACAGGGCCUAGGACGCCAGCUAUGCAUAUUGCCGUACUUACAAUUACCAUGUACACGUACAUGUAUGUUAGUGCCGAAUGCAUGUACAAACUAGAAUCGGCGUUUUGACCAUCUUGAGGGAUCGAAAGUAGCCAUUAUGUUCGAUGUUGCUUUGAGUGAAGCUGGAGCGAAAGUCGUUCUGGCGACCUCGAGUGACGAAAGCUAUCCUCCAGAAAACAUGUUGGAUGGCAAAGCCGAGACCUUUUGGAUCAGUACAGGGAUGUUCCCGCAAGAAUUCAUCAUCAGCUUUGCCGGAAUGAUGGACAUCUCCAAGAUCAAGCUUUCAUGUUACCACGUCAAAGGUCUGAGCAUACAGCGGAGUGUCCAGAAGGAGCCCUCCGACUUUGAAGUGAUUGAAGAGAAGGAACUGACGCCAUCGGAUGCAUCGCUGCAGAUGGAGGAAUUCAAGUUUGACUCCACAGGCGCCCGUCACAUGAAAUUCAUCAUCAAAUCAGGCUUUGACCAUUUUGUGUCCGUUCACAAGUUGAUCAUUGACGGAACAGCAGUCAGAGAGCAAGAAUAGCAGUGACUUAAUCCAGCGUAGAACAACUAACGCUCUUUUGUGCCAUCUCCCUAUGAACUGUCCCAUCCUCACAUCAGGGUUUUCUGUUUUAAAAAUAAGUGGAUAUGUUCUAUACUAUCCAAGCGGUCACACCCAAGUUUAUAUUUAAGCCCUGUGUGGAGACUCGUUCUGUUCCCGAGCAGUCAAAAAAACUUACAGAAAAAAAAAACGAAAGUUGUUCUUGCAAUGUAGAGGAGCUUCCAGUCUAGAAUUUGUACCUUGACUGCUUUUCAUCACUUUUUUGGUAGAUGACCCAACCUCCUGAAAUGCCUUAAAACUGUUUUUUAGAGAGCUGGGGAAACGUUCAUGAACCCAGCUUGGUCCACACAAGGUUUUAUACAAACCAGCAUGUGUGGACCUUUUUUGUUCUCGGAUCCACCCAAACAUGACAGGGUAAGUGGAACUAGCUAAUCUUUAAUUCAGGAAGAGCAAGUCAUGUACUCCCUGAGAGAUACGCACUAACCUGCCACAUUAACCCCAGUUUCUGAACCAUGAUGCCAAGCAGGUUAUUGCCUAUGUCCCAUGUACUUAAGUACCAGGGCACAGACGGAAGUAUUUGUCAUAUCCUGAAGAAUGUUAACAGAUUUUUGUUCCCAAUUCAAUGUUGAUGUAAAAACUUUGAAGUUGUAAAUAUUGAAAGGAGACGCUGUACGAGUAUAGUGUCGUAUGUUACCAUGGGAUAAGAGUAGUAACUUAUAUUUAUGUUGUACAAAAUAAUCUCAUUUCUCUAAGGAUUGUAUGGUACAUUCACAGUGUGUCAACUUCCUGGUGCAGCCGAUGAUAAAGUGUUCCUGUUUUUUCUGCGCAUGUAAUAUUUGCUGUGAAAUAUGUGAAUGUAGACUUGUUUGAAUGUAGAAUUUGUAUAGCAACCAAGUCGAUCCUGCACAGUUGUCAGCAAUAGUAGAUGGAAAUUUGUCCCUUUUAAAAUGCAAGUAUAACUUGCAUAAAUAAAUAACUCUCUAACAAUUCUGAUUUUACACUUUCCAAUUCCAACAAACAGUUAAGCUUCUAAAUUUGCAUUCCACUGUCAAUGUACCAGUCAUCACUGUGCCAACUGCAGCUCGAUAUCUUACUGCUGGGAUUUGCCACACUUUGUCGGUGCCAUGAAAUCACGACAGUGUGUACUUAAAAUGUAUUUCUUUCGGUAUCACAGGAAACAGUUCUGUACACACAGCAGUAUAAAAAUGGGCCCUUUCUUUGAAAAUAAAUCACCAGUCGCCAGCAUUGCUGAGUAAUUGAGUAUCCUCCAAAUACUCUUGCAUCGAGGAAAUCAAAAGGAGCGGUCAACAUUUUUUUGGCCCACUCUACGUGCAUUAUCAUUACGAUGCCAAAAUGAGCGAUACGUGUAUUUAAAAACAAUGAGCCGAGCUUGCUCUUUCCUAUGUGAACCAAAACAACAUAGCCUUCUGACUGAUUCUCACAGAGUGGGUCACAACACCGUACAAGCUUGCACAUGCACGGUCAUAUGGGUCUACUUUCCAAUGCAUACCUGUUUUUUGCAUUUCCCAUAAAAGGCAAUUAAAUUUUAUUACUCAAUAUGAAUAAGAAAAUAGAAAAAUUAAAUUUUGAUUGCUGUGCUUGUAUAUCAGGACUUGUCAAGCAUCUCAUGGAGAUAGCAAAUAUCAGUCUGGAAAAGAACACAUUGACAUGAGAUGGAGUGGAAUUCUGUAUGCAGCAUGCAAGUAAAACAAAUACCACAUGCAUACCAACUCUGGCUGUCGUGACAAAUCUGAGAGGAUUCUGCAUAAUUUCAAUGGUCCCUCGGGGGUUAGGAUUAACAUAAUGCAUGACAAAUAGUCGCAUGGAAUAUAAAUACAGAUUAGUACAGAACUUUGUACUAAAUUGCAAUUUUGCCGUACUGUUCAAAGGCACAGACUUGUGUGCCUAUCAAGCUUCACUUUGUACGAGAGUUGGCACUCUACUCAUGAACUAAAGUCCAAGAUACUGAAAUUCAGUCAACUCAUUCACAAAUUGAAAUAGCAAUUCACUGCCAAAGUUAAAACAGGUUGUGACUUGUAAGAGAUGUAUUACAAUUUUUAUCUUAUUUCUUAUUUAUGUACAACUGCAUGAAGAUCUACUUUCUCUCCAUCAUCCAUGCACUAGACUUUUAGUUGAAUUUUGUUUCCUUAGAUUGGCUGCAAAAGAUGUAAAAAGCAUUCCCAAGUGGGCACUUGGAUAUCUCACAGCUCAAGUACAAUUAAGAUUUAUGUACCAUGACACAAGACCUUCCUUUUCUGCUGUCAAUAUACAUGUACAAGUCUGUGGUCCAUUGAUUUUCCAUGACAUGGGUGCCAUAUGCCCUUGGGAUGUCCAAAAACUAUACGUGAACUUCUUGGAAGAAAAAAGUCUUUCCCAAAGGGGAGAUAAACUCAUAUGUUAACCAAGCAAGAUUGAAGAUAAAUGUGAAAAAGACUGCA